AUGAACAAAGUGUCGACCGCGCUUCUUGCGGUCUUUGUCGCGCUGAUCUCGCUCGUUCUCGCCGACGACGCGGGUAGCAGCAACGUCGUCCAGCUCACGGGCGACAACUUUCAGGAGCUCACGCAGCUCGAAACCGACAACGCCGAUGUGCACAUUGCCAAGGUCGACGCGACCGACGACGUCGAGCUCAAGCUGCGCUUCCAAGUCAACGGGUACCCCACUGUUCUCUUCGUCAAGGACAACAAGAUGUAUGCGUACGACGGCGCGCGCACGCUCGAGGCGCUCUCUGCGUUUGCGACCGGCGGCUACGCCGAGCAGGAGGCCAAGGACAUUCCGACGUCGCCGCUCGUCGACCUCACCGACGACACCUUUGAUGCGGUCACGCGCGUGAAUGAGCCGAACGCCGACGCGUGGCUCGUCCAGUUCCACGCGCACUGGUGCGGCCACUGCAAGGACAUGAUGGGCGCGAUGCUCCAAACGGCCUUGACGCUCCAGGACCACGGCAACGUGCAUGUUGCCCGCGUCGACGCCGACAUCAACGCCAAGCUCGGCAUGCGCUUCGCCAUCACGGGCUACCCGACGCUCGUGCUCAUCCGCGACGGCCGCGUCUACGAGUUUGACGGCCUCCGUGACCCCAAGCUCAUGACGGCGUUUGCGUUGACCGACUAUGCGACCAAGGACUCGCGUCCGCUGCCACAUCCGAUGGAGGGCAAGCCAGCGACCAAGAAGGCGGAGGUGUUCCAAACGCUUUCGCUUACUAUCUCGGAGCUCGGCCUCGAGACAAUAGCGGCCGUCUUGGCGCUCGGUGGCGGCCUUGGCUACACCUUUGCCGUCAUGCGGUCCCCAAAGAAGCUCCCGAAAGGCCUCAAGCCGCUCCAGGCCAAGAAGAACGAGUAA